CUUCAACUUGAAUCGAAUUAGAUCAAAUCCUACCUAUCUACUUACAUCUCAUCUUAUCUACUCUUAACGAAUAACAAUCAUGGCCCAAAGCAGAGCCCCCGUGUACCUCGGUCUCGCCGGUCUCGGUGCCGGUGCUUUCUACCUGUACAGAGCGGGUGGUGAUCCUAAGACUGCCACUCAGGAAUUGAAGGCCGACGCCAACAAAGCCAGCGGUAAAGCCCCCAGCGGUGCGCGUGGAGUGGUCGCAGGCGAGAGUGCCGGAGCGGAGGGCACUGCUGUUAUCGAUGAGGCUAUCAACAACGCCCGCUCGAGUGGCAAACCCGACGAACGCAUCCCUGAGAUCACGAAUCAAACUACCGGAAAACUUGAGGAUGCUAGGGACAAGUUGAAUGCGGGUGUUGACAAGCUUGACCGGAAGGUUGAGGAGAAGGCGACGGAGGCGAAGGGUGGGUUGUCGGGGUGGUUUGGGAAGUAGACUGUACUAUUCUGUAUGGAGUAUGGUGAUUGUAUGAUGUAUGGCGACUGUAUUUCUAUGGUUCUUUCGUGGGUUAUGAGAUAUGUCUAUCUACUUUAAUGAAGCAUAAUGGAUCUCGCUUAAUUCACUGUCCGA